AUGCAUUCUUGGGCAUCCUCUUCACUGAGAAAAACCGAAGCACAGAUCAGAGUUCUUGCAGCCAAGAGUUCGGGUUGUCGUCGUUCUCUUUCCACCGAAUCAAAGGUGGAAUCAUCAAGAGGAUUCGACAGGAAUGAAUCGCCGUUUCUGAGAUAUGGGGUGGUGGUUGCGGCUGCUGCCUCCGGCUUAGGCUUUUAUUGUUGCUCUCCGUUCAACGGUGGAGGAUCGGUCGUGUCGUAUGCUGAUUCUGGAGCACGGCCUGAGAAGAAGACGUUCUUGUUUACGGAUACAUACAGGAGAAAAGUUUUCUUCAAGUAUGAGAAACGGAUAAGAACACGAAGCCCUCCCGAAAAGGUGUUCGAGUACUUUGCAUCGUUCAAAUCCCCUUCUGGGGAAGUGUACAUGACAGCAUCAGACCUGAUGAGAGCAGUGGUUCCCGUAUUUCCUCCAUCUGAAGCAGAUGUUGUUAGAGGCGGAUACUUGAAAGGCGAACUCAUCAGCAGCAAGCUGCACUGUCCUCCUUCUGAAUUCUUUAUGCUGUUUGAUACCAACAACGACGGCCUUAUAUCAUUUCCAGAAUACAUCUUCUUUGUCACAAUAUUGAGCAUACCAGAAUCGAGCUUUUCCGUUGCAUUCAAAAUGUUUGACCUUGACAACAACGGAAGUAUAGACAAUAUAGAAUUCAAAAAGGUGAUGACACUUAUGCGUAGCCGAAACAGACAAGGAGCUUCACACAAAGAUGGAAUGAGGUUAGGGAUGAAAGUUUCAGGUUCUGUGGAGGAAGGGGGUCUCGUCGAGUACUUCUUUGGGAAAGACGGGACUCAACCCCUUAAACACGACAGAUUCGUAGAGUUCUUGAGAGACUUGCAAACUGAGAUGCUGCGGUUGGAGUUCGCACAUUAUGAUUUCAAGUCACAAGGGACCAUCUCUGCCAAAGAUUUUGUGCUAUCAAUGGUUGCAUCUGCUGACAUGAGAUACAUAGACAAGUUUCUUGAUCAAGCCGACGAGCUGGGAAAUGAUCCCUCCCUCAGUCACCUGCGCAUUACAUUUGAAGAAUUCGAAAAUUUUGCAAUGCUUCGGAAAAGAUUGGAGCAAUUCUCCUUAGCCCUAUUCAGUUAUGGCAAAGUGAAUGGCCUGCUGUCUAAGCAGGAUUUCAAAAGGGCUGCUCAUCAAGUUUGUGGCAUCUCCCUCUCUGAUAACGUGGUUGAUCUGGUGUUCUACGUGUUUGAUCUGAACCGGGAUGGUAGCUUAAGCUCAGACGAGUUCCUGAGAGUUCUGGAGAGACGAGAAGCAGGCAUCUCUCAGCCGCAGGAGGCGGGCCUUGCAGGUCUGAUAUCUUGCUGGUUAGACUGCACAAGAAACUGUUCUUCAAAGAAGUUGCUCUGAUCAAGCAGUGAAAACCGUAUAUUGUAUAGAAACAGGGAUGAUGACUAUUGAGUUGCAAACACCCUUUCUUCAAUAUAGAUAAUUGCAUAUAGCAAUUGCCAUUUUUUUUUAUGUGGUGUUAAACUACAUUUGCAGGAAUGUAGUCUACUUUGUAAGACAGUUCAGUGAAGAUGUAUAGACAUGAGAUAUAUAAACUUCCAAUUAUUAGUUUA